CUAAGAAUCGGCGACCGUGUAUAUAUAAACCUAUUCCACCCCUCCUCGUCAACAUCUCUCUCAUCCCUCCCAUUCCCUUCACCUAACCAGCCCUAAUUUACUCCGGCACUCACAAUCACCAUGAAAUCCCUCCACUUCCUCCUCCCCCUAACCCUCUACACCACCACAGCCUUAUCCCAAGGGAUCUACAUCAACUCCCCCGCCCCCGGCUCCCAACUAUCAGCCGGAUCCAGCAUAACCGUCCAAGUAGCUCGCUACGACUUCAUCCAAUCCGUCGCCGAAAUCGGCCUCGGAAUCGGUUUCUCCUCCUGCACCAACGGAUGUCCCGAUCCCACUGCUUCCCUGGGAACUCUGGGCUAUAGUGGUGGUUAUGACCCCGAGUUCGGGCCUGGGAUUCAUGAUCAGUAUGAGAACUUUACUAUGACGGUGCCGGAGACCACGGGGCCGGCACAGAUUGGUGUAGUGAGGGCGUUUUUGGUGGGGUUGGGGUAUGAGACGACGAUUGGGAGUGCGGUGGCGAAUGUUACGAUUGUUUGAGGAUAGAUUGGUUGAAUGUUGAUGAACCUAUGGAUUAUGGUAUGUAGAGUGGGGAUGUAUGGAGAUAGGGCGAUGCGGGCAUAAUUAAAC